ACCCUAGUUUCUCACUGUGUCUCUUUUGACAAAACAAAAACAACUCGCGUCUCUUUGCAGCGAAAGCUCUCUAUCAACAAGACAAUGAUUAUCUCAGAGACCAAUCGCAGAGAGAUCUGCAAAUACCUUUUCAAAGAGGGAGUCUUGUUCGCGAAGAAAGAUUUCAAUCUUCCAAAGCAUCCGUUGAUUGAGUCAGUGCCAAACCUGCAAGUGAUCAAGCUGAUGCAGAGCUUCAAAUCCAAGGAGUACGUUAGGGAGACGUUCGCUUGGAUGCAUUAUUAUUGGUUUCUGACAAACGAAGGGAUUGAGUUCUUGAGAACUUAUCUCAACCUUCCGUCUGAUGUUGUUCCCGCUACUUUGAAGAAGUCUGCUAAGCCUGGUGGUGGUCGUCCCUUUGGUGGCCCAUCUGGUGAUCGCCCAAGAGGACCACCUCGUUUUGAGGGAGACCGUCCUAGAUAUGGUGACCGUGAUGGGUACCGUGCAGGGCCUCGUGGUGGUGAUGUUGGAGGAGAGAAGGGUGGAGCUCCAGCUGAUUACCAGCCGUCUUUCCAAGGAAGUGGUGGCAGGCCUGGAUUUGGCCGUGGUGCAGGCGGAUACAGCGCAGCAGCACCAUCUGGUUCGGGUUUACCCUGAAAGAGUUGGUGUUAUCUCAUUAGACACAAUGGAAGGACAGUUUUGUUUUUUUUGAGCAUUAGUUUUGUUUGUGUAAUGGAAUCUGGAAUCUAUAGUUUUUCUAUUUUUUCUGACUUUGGUCUUGACAAACAAGUCCCUUAGUUUCCAGGAUCAGUGAUAAAGUUAAACGGUUCUUAUUCUUUUUUGUCAUGUAGACAUGUGAUAUGGCAUAAUAAGAAGAUCAAAUGAAGUUUUUUUUGAA